AUGGACGUGAAGACAUUGGCGAAAUCAAAGAGAAGUCACACGCAGCACCACAGCAAAAAGUCUCACCAUAGCCAAAAGCCCAAAGCCCAAUCGUCUUCUGCUUCGUACCAAAAGGACGCUGCGAAGAACCCACCGGGAAAGCAGGAAGUGAACGCGGAGAAGAAGAAGAAAAAUUACCGUUCUGCGCUUCCCUCGAAUUGGGACCGCUAUGGGGAGGAAGAGGAUGAUUCUGGGCCCGAAACUGCUAGCAAAACCCUCGAUGUUGUCUUGCCUAAAAGUAAAGGCGCCGAUUAUCGCCACCUGCUUGAGGAGGCUCAGUCCCAUGCGGAGACAAGUUUGGAAGCAUUCCCUGCCUUCGAUGAUCUUCUUCCUGGGGAGUAUGGUGUGGGAUUGAGCUCUAUGCUUGCGUCCAGGGGAGAGGGCAUCGUCUCGUGGAAUGGAGAUGAUAAUUUUGUUGUAGAGGAUAAGACAAGUGGAAAUCAGGAGGCAUCAUUUUUGUCUCUAAAUUUGCUUGCUCUAGCUGACAAUUUUGCCAAAGUUGACUUAUCAAAGAGAUUAUUCAUUGAGUCUGACCUAUUAUCCACUGAGAUGUGUGCGGAAGAGUUGGCAGUGCACAACAACGAAGAACACAAGGAACUGGAAACUAUAGAGGACAAUGAACUAGCCAAUAGGAUGUCUGAAGAAUUAAAUUUAGAAAAUCUUGGUGCACAUCAGUUUGCAUCAUCUAGUUCCAGCAGUAGUAGGCAUGCUGCUUCCACAUUUCCCUUGUCAAAUGACUUUAACAUUCCUGUGAAUCCAGUCAAUGCUGAAUUUCAGCAGGCUAGCAGUAAUGGUAAGCAUAAAGCAUUUGUUCUAAGUUCAGAUGCUAGCUUACAUUCCACCGAAGAUGAAAGAGGGAAACAGUACUCCACAUCUGAAGCUGCUGCUGCUGAAAAAGAACUAGAUAUGCUUCUAGAUUCACUUACAGAUACCAAGAUUCUAGACUCUCCAGUUUCAUUGGGAGUCUCUUCUGCGUAUCCUCCGCAGAUUUUGAAGAAAGAUAUAGUUCCACCCAAAAUUGCAUCCCUUACAGCUAGUCUAGAUGAUGCACUUGAUGACUUGCUGGAGGAAACAUCCACUUUGAUGAAACCAAAUGUUUUACUACUGCCAAAGAAAGAAAAGCAUGUCCACCACAGCAUGCAAUCUUCCUCACAUUCUGGAAGCAUGUCCAAAAUAACUGAUGAUUUUGAUUCAUGGUUUGAUACACUUUGA